CCCUCACGGAAGUUGAUUUUGCCACAUUUUGUUCACCCAAUUCAACCAACAUUCCUUCCCAAAAUGGCCAAAAAAUUUCUUGUUUCAGAGAAAAUGUGUCUGUGUUAAUUAGAUUUAUGGGGAAAAAAGGAGGGAAAUGCAGGCUAUGGUGGCCAGCCCAUCUUUCCUCAACCCUUCAACCCCAUUCUCCUUCCCACUCCUUCACUCUUUUCUUCGGUUGGUUCAUUUCUUCCCAGUCCUCCUCCUUUUCUUCUUCGGAGCCCUCCCUCGAUAUCGUCGUCGCUUUUGGCUUGGAGGAUUCUGCACUUGUUUCUUCUUCUGUAAAUCUUCAGGAAAUUCUUCAUCAAACAGAUGGGAACAUGCCUCUAUCUCUACAAGAUAAAUGUACACUUUCCGUGCUGGGUUAUUGUGAAGCAGAUUCAAGUGGCAAUGGUCAGCCAGAAAUGAAUUUAACUAAAACAGUUACUCAGACGUGCUCAACUGAUGGUGGGAAAACCUUCCCUGGUAGCCAGAGUGUAGUUGUGGGCAAGAAUGGAAUUCAUGCAUGUGGAUGCCACAAGGUUCAUGCAUUACUGGAACAGCUUAGGCUGGCUUUUGUACAAAAUGAGAACUGGUUCCAACUUAUUUCUGGUUUUCCUCAAACUACAGGUCGAAAAUUGCAGCUCAUUCCAGAAUUGCAUCACCUGCAUUGGAAUGGGGAAACCAUUUCUCAGUUAGAUCUCCACGUUAUCAUUUAUGAAAUUCCAAAAUUUAGUAGCCACCACUAUUCACUGGGUUCUCGGAGUUUGUCUGAGAAGAUGAGAUCUUCUAUCAAGAAACCCCAAUGGUUUGAAGAUCUCAAGCAGAAGAAGCAAUAUCUUGAUCUGGACACUGUCAUUCUGGCUAUUAACAGUGCUCAUGCUGCUAAGAUCCUUUCAGAAAGGCAGCUGCCUGUGAAGAGUUGCGCUGGUCAUUUCAAGCCUUUAUGGAUGUUUCCUACCUUUACAUGGAAAUUUUUUGCUGCACUUGUGGCUUUGCUUGCAACUUCGGUUUACGUCAUCCUUCAGUCUUUCCAUAUCCUUCUGAGUUACAUGUCAUGUAUAGGCAUAGAUGUGGUGUUAGUGAGAGCAUUCAACAAUACAUGGACGAAUAUUGGCAUACGCUGCUCCCAGUUCCUCUAUUGGCCAAUCUUACUCCGAGGUCAUGGUCAUAGGUCUGAAUCAUGCAUUGAAUAUUCAGAGAAAGUGGCAUUACGCAGGCAUUCCAUCUGGUCAUGUCUAGUGGUUGAUGUUCUUCUUGGAAACUUAUUUGGCAUUUCAUUAUGGUAUCAAGCAGAACCUGCUUGCCUAUUCAUUUCAAACUUUGCUGUUGAUGUCACAAACUAUUUGCUGCGUACCGGAUGUGUUUGGCUAAUGGGAAAUCCAGCUGGUUUCAAAUUAAACACUGAGCUUGCUGGAGUACUUGGCAUGAUAUCUCUGAACACGAUUCAAAUUUGGUCUACACUUGGGUCGUUUAUGGAUUUUUUCCUUGUACCAAUUGCUAAAGCUAUUUCUCUAUGUGGGAUUCUUUUUGGUUUCACCACAGCUGCUGCUCUGAUAAUCGACUUGAUUUCACUCGUAACAAGACAUGUUUUCGUCCUUCAUUGGAUACUCUCACUUGUCUAUUCACAGCAGAUUCAGGCAUUGGCAGCUUUAUGGCGUCUUUUUAGGGGAAGGAAGUGGAAUCCUCUUCGCCAGAGAUUAGAUAGCUAUGAUUACACUGUGGAGCAACAUGUCGUUGGCUCUCUUCUCUUUACACCACUCUUACUUCUAUUGCCAACCACCUCUGUCUUCUACACAUUCUUUACCAUCAUGAACACAGUCAUCAGUUUUAUCUGUGUAGUAAUGGAGGUCAGCAUAUCUGUUAUUCAUACUACCCCAUAUAACAGCGCCUUUCUUUGGUUGAUGCGGAAGAAAAGGUUUCCUUCUGGGAUAUGGCUAGAAAUUGUAUGUCGUCAACAUGGAACAACUGUUCCUUCAGUAAUUGAUCCCCUUGAACUAAACGGCUCGUUGUCGAAGAAGUCACCAAAAAUCCCAAGAAGUGGUGGUCGUAAAACACUUGUUCUGGUUUCAGUUCUGCACAGCAACUACUUGAGCUUAGGUGAAUUGAUCUGCCCAAGCUACAGAUACAUCUAUUCAGUUGUUUCUAGGACAGCUAUCAGCUCGUCAGCGUAUGGUAUUCUAACAGGAAAAAGAAUUCUAUCUGCUCCAGGGACUACUUAUCCUUCAAGAUUGCCAUGGAUGGCUCUGCCUUACAAAAUAUACUGGCGCCUUUGCUUUGAAGCAGUCUUUGCAUGUAGAUAAAAUUGGCACUUCAAUUCCCCAAUGAUCAAGAGACCCCUUUUCGGAUUUAAAUGCUACUUGGUACCAUUCGAUUGAUUAAUUUGGCAUACAGUACCCCAAUGUUCUCAGCAAUGGCAAGGAACCGAGUCGUUUAUCCAGCCCCAUUGCAUUAAUUUUGGAAGCUUUAAUCUUGAUGAGGAACUAACUAAUCUUUCGUUGAAUGUAAAGUUUUGUGCAGAAUCAAUGUAUUCAAUUCAACUCCAAAGCAUGCUCUUUAUAUACUUUUAUUGUUGCUUAUAACUGUUAGUGAAGGUAUCAAUGCAUAGCACUUCAUGUGCCUAUGUUGUCUGCA